ACCGACUCCUCAAAGCUAAAACCCCAUAACCAGAGAGACAGAUAGAGUCGCAAGAUUUUUCAUUUAUAUAUACACUUCCAUUUAAAUUUCCAAAAAAUUAUCAAAAUUCCACCAGAAAAACAAACCCUAGACCCCUUUAUUAUAUCAAAGCCUUCUUCUACCUCAAACCCUAACAUUUCUUCUAUCCAAUUUGAUACACAGCCCUGUAUUAUCUCACGGCAAUAACUGUUUUCGCUGCAUCAUUGUAAAAGGGACCCAAGAAAAAGGUAAUCUUUGUUAAAUAAGAUAAUAAGGAACCUUAAAGAUUGAAGCUUUGAUUCGAUUGAUUGAUCGAAGGCCGAGUCUUUCUUGGCUGGGUUUUUCGAGUUAAUUUUUGAUGGAUGAUCUCGAGAAAGCUAUACUGAUUAGUUUUGAUGAAACGGGUGCGGUUGAUUCCGGGUUGAAAGCCCAAGCAGUUGCUUAUUGUCAGCAAAUUAAAGAGAGCCCAUCGGUUUGUAGUGUAUGUAUACAACACUUGUGUUUCAGUAACAUUGUUCAAGUUCAGUUUUGGUGUUUGCAAUCCCUUCACGAUGCCAUCCGGGUUCGUUAUCCAUCAAUGGGGGAGCAGGAGAAAUCGUUCAUACGGAAAUCCGUGUUUUCCAUGGCUUGUUAUGAAGCUGCCAUUGAUGACAAUAAGAGUUCAAACAUUAGGGUUCUGGAGGGGCCUGCAUUCAUCAAGAAUAAGCUUGCACAGGUUUUUGUAAGUUUGAUUUGUUUCGAGUACCCUUUGAUCUGGACUUCUGUGUUUCUUGAUUUUUUGCCGAAUUUAAGUAAGGGGUCUUUGGUUAUUGAUAUGUUUUGUCGGAUUUUGAUUGCAUUGGAUGAGGAAUUGAUUAGUAUUGAUUACCCUCGGAGCUCAGAGGAAGUUGCUCUGGCUGGACGAAUAAAGGAUGCCAUGAGGCAGCAGUGUAUUGCACAGAUUGUUAGGGUGUGGUAUGACAUUGUGUCAAUGUAUAAGAGUUCUGACCCGGAUUUAUGCUUUAGUGCUUUAGAUUGUACCCGGAGAUAUGUUACUUGGAUUGAUAUUGGGCUGGUUGCGAAUGAUACUUUUAUUCAGAUGUUAUUUGAGUUAAUGAUGUCCACUGAAUAUGCGGAUCAUAUCCGUGGCGGGGCUGCUAGUUGCCUACUUUCAGUCGUGUCAAAGCGUAUGGAUCCGAAAUCGAAGCUCAAUCUUUUGCAGAGCUUACAGAUAAGGAGGGUUUUUGGGUUGGUGGCUACAGAGGACGUUGAAGAGGAGUUUGUUUCUAAAAUAGGUCUUCUGCUGACUGGUUAUGCCACCGAGUUAUUGGACUGUUCAAAGCAAUUGAAUUUGGGUGGUGGUAAGGAGGUGUCAGUGGAGCUUUUAAACGAGGUUUUGCCUUCGGUUUUUUAUGUGAUGCGGAAUUCGGAAAGUGAUGCCACAUUUAACAUUGUGCAGUUUCUUUCUGCUUAUGUCAGUACGAUGAAGAACCUAUCUUCUUUGACCGAGGCUCAGCUUCUUCACGUGAGUCAGAUUCUGGAAGUAAUCCGUGUACAAAUACAAUUUGACCCUGCUCACCGGGAUAACCUUGAUGCUUGGGACAGAGUUGGAAGGGAAGAGGAAGACAGGGUGAUGGAAUUUCGAAAGGACUUAUUUGUAUUGCUCCGCAGUGUAGGUCGUGUCGCACCCAAUGUUACCCAGGUGUUUAUUAGAAACUCUCUAGCUAGUGCUGUUGCGUCUCCAGCAGAAAGAAAUGUUGAAGAAGUAGAAGCGGCACUCUCGCUGUUGUAUGCACUAGGUGAAUCAAUGACUGAUGAGAUGAUGAGAACUGGAAGUGGUUUGUUAGGAGAACUUAUACCAUUGCUCUUAUCUACAAGGUUUCCUUGCCAUUCUAAUCGGCUGGUUGCGCUAGUGUAUUUGGAGACAAUAACGAGGUAUUUGAAAUUCGUUCAGGAGAAUGUGCAGUAUGUACCUUUAGUACUCAGCGCCUUUCUCGAUGAAAGAGGUAUACACCAUCCAAGUGUCAAUGUCGGGCGCAGAGCCAGUUAUCUUUUCAUGAGGGUUGUGAAAUUACUUAAAGCAAAACUCGUGCCCUUCAUUGAAACAAUAUUGCAGAGUCUGCAAGAUAAAGUCGCUCAGUUCACUUGCAUGGAUUCUGCAUCUGAAGAAGUUUCAGCAACUGAAGAUGGCAGCCAUAUUUUCGAGGCAAUUGGAUUAUUGAUUGGAAUGGAAGAAGUGCCACUUGAAAAACAGUCCGAGUACCUAUCUGCUUUGUUGACUCCCCUUUGCCAGCAGGUGGAAAUGGCGCUUGUGAAUGCGAAAGUUAGAGCUCUUGAAGAUUCUCCGGAAAAGGUCGCAAGCAUCCAACAGAUGAUUAUGGCCAUUAACGCCCUCAGCAAGGGCUUCAGUGAGCGUCUUGUAACUGCCAGUCGUCCUGCAAUUGGCUUAAUGUUUAAACAGACUUUGGAUGUUCUCCUGCAAAUUCUGGUUGUAUUUCCAAAAGUAGAACCGCUCCGGAGCAAGGUUACGUCCUUUGUGCACCGGAUGGUGGAUACCUUGGGCUCGUCAGUCUUUCCAUAUCUUCCAAAGGCAUUUGAGCAGUUGCUUGCAGAAAGCCAGCCAAAGGAGCUUGCAGGUUUUCUUGUUUUGCUGAAUCAGCUAAUUUGCAAAUUCAGCACUGCAGUUGGAGACAUAAUGGAUGAAGUGUACCCUGCUAUUGCUGGUAGGGUGUUUACUAUUAUUCCUCGCGAUCCCCUUCCUGUGGGACCUGGUGGAAAUACGGAGGAAAUGCGUGAAUUGCAGGAACUUCAGCGUACAUUUUACACAUUCCUUCAUGUAAUUGCUACACAUGAUCUAUCUUCUGUAUUUCUCUCCGCCAAAAGUAGGGCCUACUUGGAGCCUAUGAUGCAAUUGCUGUUAUCUACGUCAUGCAGUCAUAAGGAUAUCCUUGUCAGAAAGGCAUGUGUACAAAUCUUUAUAAGACUAAUUAAAGAUUGGAGUGCCAAACCUAAUGGUGAAGAAAAGGUACCAGGUUUUCAGAAUUUUGUGAUUGAGGCCUUUGCGACAAAUUGUUGUUUGUACAGCGUGCUUGACAAGUCCUUUGAGUUUCGUGAUGCAAAUACUCUUAUUUUGUUUGGUGAGAUUGUUACGGCGCAGAAGAUCAUGUAUGAGAAAUUUGGGAAUAAUUUCCUUGUUCACUUUGUGACAAAAGGUUUCCCAGCAGCACAUUGCCCUCAGGAUUUGGCUGAACAGUAUUGUCAGAAGUUGCAGGGUGAUGACAUCAAAUCACUAAAAAUAUUUUACCAGACUCUGAUAGAGAAUCUGAGAGUUCAACAGAAUGGGAGCUUGGUUUUCAGAUAACAGUCACUGUGUUUGAAGUUCAUCGCUCUAGUUUUGCUGCUCGUCUGCUGUUGGAUACUGGUCCGUAACACUUAACCUGAGGAUUCUUCUACUGUACAUAAGAUUUUUUUCCCCCUCAUUCAAGGUGUAUAUUUUCGGGAGAGUGAAAAGUAGUUGCCUUUGGUGUUGAUGAGCUUAUGAGGAGAAAUACUUGAGCAGCAAUGGUUUUGUUUAUAUCAAUUUUGAUAUUUUGUUGAUUAGUUCUGUUGAUAGACUUCUGCUAUGAAUCUUUUACAUGGGAAGAAUUUUCAGCCGGGGAAAAGGGGUGUUUUCUGUAAGGUGUGGAAAGGGAUAUAUGAUGUAAAGAGGCAGAAAUCAGAAUGACUAGAGUCUAGUACUACUAGUGUUAUAUAGAUUAAGCAUGUUGAGGAUAUACUUAAAAAUCUUGCCCGUGAGGAAGGAAGCAAUUUUGGAGAGGAUCAUGAUUCAGGAGUGUGUGUCCUUCUAUUUGAUGAUACAGUUUUUGGCUAAUUCGUUGUACAUGGAAUCAUUUCCUUCGUUGCAUCUAUUUAUCGCCAAGCAUGAAUGCACUAGAACAUAUACAUACAUAUAUAUAAAAAUAUACUCAAUCCGUGACCCACGAAAACAAACGGAAUAAAAUCAUUUCUAACGUAUGCACUCUCUUGUCUUUAUUUCUUUAUUUUAAAGUAUUUUGAUUUCUCGUAAUUUUUACUGUAUUUAUUUAGUAUGUUCUCUUGAUUUACAAAAAAAAUAAAAUUUGAAAUAUUUUAUAAUAAUUGAAAGAAAAAAUAUUAAAUGGAUGUGAAAUUAGGUUCUAUUUUAAUUAGAGACACAAAAAUAAAUAAAUUUAA